GACACACUUGUCCAUAUGUACUCACACACUACACAACACCUAUAUAUAUAAGCGGUUCCAUUUCGUCUUUUUCCUGCUCAAAUUUCCAAUCCUAUUACCUAGUGUCUCUUGUUUCUACAGAGAGAAACUAAAGAAAGAAAUGAAUGGGGAGAGAGAAGAUGAACUAGUGUGGUGCUAUUUUCACCCAAGAGAGUUGGUAAUAGGGAUUUGUGCCUCAUGCUUGAAAGAGAGGCUCUUGGUCUUGGCAGCUUCAAAGCAAAAGCAUUAUCAUCAAGUUCAUACAUCAAGAAGAGCAACUCCAAAGAUUUUUGCUCUAAGUGGUUUAAUUAAUCCUUUGGAUGUUAUGCAACACAAGUCAGUUGAUCAUGUAUGUGAUGAAAGUGGGUCAUCAACUAGUCAUGAAGAGUCCUUUAUAUCAAUCAGAUUUGAAGACAAUGGAGUUGCCUCAUGGGACAAAGGCAAAGUAUCCAAAACUCAAAAUGACAACAAUAAUCAAAUCAAUCGUCGUCUUGAAAAUGACCAUAAUACCCCUGACAAGGCCAACAAGACCAAGAGUGUCGUGGAGCACGCGAAAACACGCGCCACGUUGAGGUGGCGGAAGCGGAUUGGCCACCUCCUCCACCUCAUCAGGUGGAGGAGGUCGGCCAGCAAAGGCAAUGGGUCGUCUCAUGUGGGCAAAAAACUUGAAGGAGCAAAAGUUAAACAUGGGUGGAUAAGAAUUCUGACAAAAAGGAGGACCAAAGAAUAAAUAAACAAUUUUUUUUAAAAAAAAAAAAAAAUUGGUGCAUGAAAGAGAACCCCCAUUGCUUUUUUCAUCCUUAGCUCCAUUAUUUUGUGAGUAGGUUUGAAUUUUGAGGCUGUGUGUGAAAAAUAAAGUGAUCUUGGCAUAUAUAAUUGAGAUGGUGCUUAGUUAUAAGAAUUUCUGCUGUAUAUAUCACAGUUAUUAUCAAUUUGCUUUAUGCAAUUUGCAUGUCAAGCUAUGGAGUAGCUUUUCAUAACUUAAG